AUGCGAACAAGUGUCAUCUUUCCUCUUGCCGCCCUCGUGGGGGUCUCGGCUUCAAUAUCUAUACCGCACACGAGGAACUUCGUCCGCGGCCAGGAUGAAAAACUUGUCACCCCGGAAGAGGUGGAUCUUAUGGACCUCUAUGCCUCAUACACCGCUUCUGCACCAUGCAAUAACGGGACAGCCAUUGGAAACCCUGUCACUUGUUACAAAAACUGCGAGAGAGUGGAACAAGAUGGUGCGAUCGUAGUCGGGUCCUACCUGGGCAAGACAACCGAAUUUGCGGCGUACAUGGCUUUGGUCGAAAGUCGAAAGCAGAUCAUUUGGGUAGGUAGAGGUAGUGCUACUCCCAAGAACUGGGAUACGAACCUCAAAACAAGGCUUAUCCCAAGCGACCUCGUGGACGGUGCCAAGAUCCACACCGGCUUCAGCACCGCUUGGGAUGAGAUAUCCCGUGAUGUCUUUACUACUCUUGAAGAGCAAGUGUCCAAGCACCCAGACUACGAUAUCAUCAUUACCGGCGGUUCGCUGGGCGGUGCGGUCGCGACCAUAGCCGCUGCACACAUCCGCGAGGCUGGAUAUCAAGCUGAUCUUUACACAUAUGGGUCACCAAGGAUUGGCAAUGGUGUCCUGGUCGACUUUAUCACUCAACAGCCCGGCAAGUCGUAUCGAGUGACACACAGACACGAUCUGGUCCCACGUAUUCCGACGCCCAACGUUCUUUGGUGGCCAGAUUGGCCGCAGUAUAGGCACGUCUCUCCCGAAUAUUGGCUUCAGGGUGAGCCCUCUGAUCCGAAUAAUUGGCCCAUUGAAGACAUAAAGAUCUGCGAAGGGAAUUGGAGCCGCGAAUGUAUCGCAAGUCCGUCGAAUCCCGUAGACUUGGACUUUAGCGGUUCUGGGAAUGACCAUCUAAACUACUUCGGUUCCUUGACAUGCUGGAAUGAUGAAAAGGGGCCAGUUGAUCUCGCGCCCCCCAAGGAUACUAUUGAGACCUUGGGAUCUAUCUUGGGUGAGCAUCCAUCAUAA